AUGGAAGUGUGUAUUGUAGAACAGAGGCUGGUGUCGUGCAAAAAGGAAACAGUAGCUAGCGUUGAGAGUGAGCAGGCAGCGGCUGGGCGACGAAUGGUCGGGUCCCUUCCUGCACGUCUGCGCGACAGACGAGGCGAGGACAGGGCACGUACUCCACGCGACGACGAGGACGUGGCUUCCUGCGCACUCAGCAACCACGGCGGCUCAGCUGCACACGAUGUUAUUGACAUGGACACAUUCACUUGUCUAAUUCUAUUUCAUUGCUGGAGGCUGGAGGCUAAGAGGCUGGCGGCUGGUGGCUGGAGGCUGGAGGCUGGAGACGGUUGGUUGGCUGGCGGGGCUGCUGGCGGGUCACGUCGCGCGAGUGCCGGCGGCGGCGGGUUAUCGCUGCAGAUCGCUGGCGGCGCCACGCUGCGGCUGCGCUCCGCUCAUGCAAAUUGUAUAUUUUUAUAG